AUGCCUCCUCCUCUCUUACAACAGAUUCAUGCAGUGCUCCCGCAACACUGUGAACCGACAACUCCCUUCCUCGCGGCCGUGUCCUCCUACCUCCACAUCUGCCUCCCCACACCGUUAGCCUUCGUCUCCUCCGUUCUCGGAACCCUCAGCAUCGUGUCCUGGCUCUUCGCUCAGCUCCCACAAAUAUACAAGAAUUAUCAGAUUCAGUCGACGGCUGGCUUGUCGCUGUUUUUUCUCGUGGAAUGGUGUCUGGGUGAUACUAGCAAUCUUCUGGGUGCCCUGCUCACCCGGCAGGCUGGCUGGCAGGUCAUUGUGGCUGCUUACUAUGUCUGCGUUGACGUGACUCUGGUCUUCCAAUACUUCUGGUACACACACUAUAAGGGACAGUAUGAUGGCUACGGCGCCCUCUCUCAUUCAGAAUAUGAUCAGCCCCCGGGUAGUGUCUUGGAGGGCGUCUCGUUCUCUGACAACGGCUCUUCCGAUCAUGCCCCUCGUUCUACCGGGUCUCCCUUGCCGUCGAACCCCAAGGAUGUGAAAGAUAUGAAGGAACCUGCCGUGCCAACUUCCAACGGGCAGUCUCCAUCUUACUCCAAUGAGAAGUUGAGCUCUUCUAAGCGCUCGAUUACCCGAUCCAGUAGUGGCCCCAGCCUUCCAAUUGGGUCACCACGUACUCUGCUGCUUGCAUCAAUGCUUUGCGCCGUUGUGGCCAACGCUGCCCCGACAGAGCCGCAAACAACUUCCGAAUCCUCACAGAAGACUCUCGAGAUCCUCGGCCGGAUCAUCUCCUGGAUGUCAACAUUCCUUUACCUUGGCUCGCGGCCGCCCCAACUGUACAAGAACUACUGCCGGAAGAGCACAUCGGGCCUUUCCCCAUUACUAUUUAUGGCUGCUUUCUGCGGAAACCUCUUCUACUCUGCCUCCCUCCUUACCAAUCCCAACGCCUGGUAUGACUUCCCUGCCUAUGGUGGUGGUGGCUGGGCCGACGCAGAUGGCAACGACCGCCUCGAAUGGGUCACCCGCGCUACUCCCUUCUUCCUAGGCGCCUUCGGUGUGCUAGCCUUUGACGGUCUCAUGGGCGUGCAGUUCCUCAUGUACGGAACCCGGGAUGACGAGUCUAUCAUGCAAGUUGAAGACCCCAAAGACGGACGUAGUCGUUGGACCCGCGUUCGGGGCUGGAUGAGAGGCUGGAUCCCCUCAGUGUCCCCUGCGCGACGACUUCGCUCCGAUGCUCCUGUCUCUUCAGAAGAGAACCAAUCUCUCCUGCAGAAUGAGCGGGAGAGAUACGGUACAGUUUGA